AUGCUGCGACGCCAGCUGUCGCCAGCCUCGCUAUGGCAUAGGACUCCCGUUUGCCUGUUCUGCGCUGCCCGCAGCCAGACUCGACUGCCACAACGCCAAUCCAUCCGGCACAAAUCUGAACGCGCAGUCCCGAUCAGGAAGCAUGCUGUCAAAGACAAGAAGAAAUCGGGAGUGAAACUGGGGGAGGAGGAUGAGGACGAGAGUGAAGGACCACGAUCUAUCAAACGGGUGAUGCUUGGUGACAAGAAAAAGAGGGACAAAGGAAAAAAUGAAGAACGAGAGGCGAUUGCUAUCAGCACCUUGUACCCUUCCGACCUCAAAUUUGAGGCUGUCGAAGUCGACAAACCACCCGUCCCCAUGUUGUCAUAUGGCCUCGAUCGUGUUCUGUUCAACCCUGGUGUAUAUCGUCUGCAGGACCCACGAACCCAAGUGUAUAAUUUCGAUCCAUACCUCGAGAAAAUCAUGCCGGCGAAUGAGUUCGACUUCGAUGCCUUGAGCGAAUACAAGACUUCGUCCAAGGACGAGGAUUUACUGGCUUUGACAAGGCGGAUUGGCACAAAGUUCACUGGCUCUACAUCGAGUAUGUCGAGUAUGCUCCAGCACUUUCAUUACAUCUUAUCCAACUUCCGAAAACUCAAUCAUGGCAUGCUCUCACGCCAGUUUCCCGAACCUUCUUCCAAGUUUUCCAGGAUCACGCUUGGUCCCAGUGCCGUCUUCCUCCGGUACAAGGAUGGUACUUAUGCGAUAGACGCCGACAAAUCCUACGAUAGCCCCAAUAUCAUGAGCUGGUUGGGUCACUCAUUGGAAAAGCUCCUCACAACUGAGCGCAGCGAAUUUGAGAAAUUCCGAAGGUCAAGUCCGGAGAAGGCGCCUGCAGAAGAGAACGCUAGUCGUUGCUACCAUUACUCGAAACAAGGUAACAUUAUGAUGCGCUCGCAGUUAGACGCCGUUGACCCACGACUACCCGGAACUGGAGUGUUUGACCUGAAGACGCGAGCUGUUGUUUCGAUUCGGAUGAACCACAAGCAUUACGAAGAGGGUUCUGGCUACCAGCUUCGUCACAGUCUAGGCGAGUGGGAGUCGUUCGAGCGUGAAUUCUACGACAUGACGCGUGCAACCAUGUUGAAAUACUCUCUACAAGUCCGCAUGGGGCGCAUGGACGGCAUCUUCAUCGCCUACCACAACAUCGAGCGUAUCUUCGGCUUCCAAUAUCUAAGUCUUUCAGAUAUGGACGCUGUCUUACACGGCCAACAUGACACAAUUCUUGGAGACCAGGAGUUCAAACUUUCCUUGAACCUCGUUGAUGAGCUUCUUGUCAAAGCCACCGAACAGUUUCCCAAUACAUCUAUCCGAUUACACUUCGAGGCUCGCGAAGGCAAGACACCCUUUAUGUAUAUCUUCGCCGAACCCGUCACCGAAGAGCAAGCAGACGAGAUUCAGAGUGCUGGAGAGGCCGCUCAGAAAGAGUUUGCACAAAACGUCGUUGGUGUAGGGAAAGGUGAUGCCGAGACUCAAGCAGCUUGGCAAGAAGCGCAAGACGACGUCGAUGAACAAGUCGAUGCUGAAAAGACUUCUGAAGAGGUUGAAGCGCAAGAAGACGAGCAUUCAUCUACAGUCGAAGACGUUGAACAAGACAUUGUUGAAGAGACUGCUGAAGCUGCUGAAGAAGCUACUGAAGACUCAGAUGAUGUCGCCGAAGAUAUGUUGGAGAACCCAGCAGCCCCUCAAGGCCCCUUGAUGGGUUGGACAUUGACUGCCCGCAGUCUGGUCAAUGGAGGCUAUGUCGACCGACCAGAGCAAAUCACUGAAUUCGAUGACUGGAAGAUAGAAUAUCAUGUCAAAGAGAUACCUGAAGAGAAACGAUGGAAGCUGUACAAGUCGCUCCAAGCGCGAAGGCAUUCACUCAUUGGACAAGACGAAGAGGCCGUUGAUAGGGGCCUUAAGCAUUACCGCGAUUUAAUACAGCGCUACAGCAACCGCGGACGCGCGUGGAGGGAGGAGCAGGACAGGAUCAACGCCACAAAGGGCGUACAGCUCUUCCGACCACUUGGCCCUGGCUCAGAUGCUGUCGCGUCGCAACAUGAUAUUGUGCAGGGGAACGAACUUUCUGACAAUCCCGACGUUGUCGAUGAUCAGGCGCGAGAGGAGGAGCCUUAUAGCGAGGAAUCGACACCGGAGGAAUCACUCUCGAAGGAGAAAAAGGAAGAGGUGUUGGACGGCAUGCCCUCUGUACCGUCAUAG